AUGGAGCACUCUCUGAAAUGCAACGUCCUCAAGUGCCGACAGGAGAUUACAGACCGAGCACUGGUAACAACAUGCAGCCACAUAUUCUGUAUAGAUUGCGCCGGACGCUCCGGUCUCGCUGGCCAGUCUGAACGCCGCAGCAGCUGUCCUGCUUGUAACAGCAAUCUUGGCAACCCAGACGACGCCGUCAUUGCUAUCCUCAGUCCUUCAGAGGAGUAUAAGACUAGUGUGUUGAGUGGUCUGAGUCCCAACAUCAUCAUGGAGUGCGCUGGUAGAGCACUGAGCUUUUGGGCCUAUCAAACGACCCAGGAGAUGUGGGUGGACGCCGGAAAAUAUCUUGAGAAAACCUUGACCGACAAGUACAAAGCGCUCGAUAUGCACCUAGACAAGACGGUGAACGAGGCAAACGCUGAAAUCGAGAGUAUACAGGGGCAGCUGAGGGACUUGGCGCUACAGAACGACUCAAUGCGCCGAAAGUAUGACGAGCUCGGCCAGGCGUUCAAAGACAAGAGCCGUAAACUAUUGCAAACCCAGGAGCUCUACGACAGGGUAAAGAGAAAGGCAGAGAUGGGGCAAAUGCAGGCGGCGGCUUGUGAUGCAGUGGACUCUCACCUACAAAUGAAUGUCUUCUCGGACACACGCGAGAAAGGGAGCCCGCGACAGGGUCUCUAUGAACAGCAAGCUGACUUUAGCCAAUUUCACAAAAGCCGAGGGUCUGACAGGACAGAGAUGCCACCGCCUCAGAACCGCGGAGCAUCUCAACUCGUGGCUAACGAUGAGCUUUGGGCAAGGCAAAACACAUUGUCUGGGAGUGAGUAG